CGUAAAUUAAUUUACGAUUAGACCACGCCUUCACAAAGAAACGCGUAAUCGUCUUUUUGGUUGUAGGAUUUAUAAAAUGUAGAGUGAAAGAAGUAAUGCGUUUGGCCUGGUGCUGGAUCGUUAAAAAUGGGCUUGCUGUUACCUGAGAAGUAGUUGGUAAAUGAAUAGAAAGGAAGGCUGGUGAAUAGUACCGCGGUGUUAAGAUGACUGAGGAGGGAGCGCUGCAGAUUGCUAAUAAAAUAUUUCGUUUUAAAAACGAGGGCGAGACAAACAGCGGGUACCAUUUGGUGAUUUCAAUUCCUGAGGUGUUGGAUCCCCAGUAUGGAAUGUAUGUGUGGCCUUGUGCAGUGGUCCUUGCUCAGUACCUGUGGUUUCAUAGAGACAUGCUACCUGGCAAAAGUAUUCUGGAGAUAGGAGCAGGUGUCAGUUUGCCUGGCAUAGUGGCUGCUAAAUGUGGUGCCAAUGUAACACUUUCUGACAGUGCUUGCCUUCCUUGCUGCUUAGAGAAUUGCCAUAGAAGUUGCCAAAUGAACAGCUUGUCAGAUGUUCACAUUGUGGGGCUUACUUGGGGUCAGAUAUCCCCUGACCUGUUACUUUUACCAACACUGGACAUCAUUCUGGGAUCUGAUGUAUUUUACGAACCAGAAGAUUUUGAAGAUGUUUUAAUGACCAUUUACUUCCUUCUGUGUAAAAACCCCCAUGCUCAGUUUUGGAUGACUUAUCAGGAGCGAAGUGCAGAGUGGUCAAUUGAAGCCUUGCUAAUGAAAUGGCACAUGAAGUGCAUGCACAUUCCUUUGGAGUCCUUCCACGCCAAUAAGGAUCUGCUUGCUGGAUCUCUUCUGCCCGGAAAUCACAGUAUAAAAAUGAUGAUCAUCACAUUGUCUGAAGACCAGUUAGAAGUAACUCAUCGAAGCCUUACACUGCAUUAGCUUUCUCUAGUAUAUCAUACCAAUUUGCCUGUAGCAUGGGUCAUUUCGACUCAUUUAAAAAUGCUAACUGAGCUCAGCCAUCAUGUUUUUAAUACAAAAGGCCAUCUCUAUGCACAUAGAGAUUCUUAUUCCUGUAUCACUAAUGACCAGGGUUCAAGAAAUGAGCCAACACAGAGGAAGAGAUGACCAAGGAGGUAUGGCUGGUCUAAGGUCUUUUUCUGUCUUCAUUGAUGGUGGUAAAAUGUUGGGUUUUGGUUAUCUUGGCCAGAUUUACUACUAUGGAAAAAUUAAGUGCCAUACCCAUUCUAUUUGCAUUUAAGCUAUAGGCAGUAGUAAGACAUUUGAAAUAUAUGUUCAGCUACAAGGUGUAUUGUAUUAUAUAGAGCAUAUAUCAGGGUAAGUAGGGAAUAUAAGUAUCAAUGCUUCCCACUGCUCUAGGGCUGUGAAAAUUGGUCCCAUCUCUCUGUUGUCCCUGAUUGUGUCAAGUUAUUGAUAUGCAGGAAAUCACUGUGGGUAGGAGGAGGUUGUCAGAGUAGAGAGUUUGGUUGGAUAUAGCUUGGUGUUGGAGGUAAAAAGACUUGAGCAUGAAGUAUGUUUGUUAAAUGCUUAGUUUUUUAUGUUUGUUAAAUGCUUAGUUUUACGUAUUAUAAUGCCUAAAUAAAGGAUAAUGAAGGCUAAUUAAUAACAAUAAAACCAAAAGUGGGAAAUGCAACCAAACUGAAACUGAGUCAAAAGGCAACCACGAAAUGAAACAAUCGCCACCAGGAAGUCAGCCAAAGCUCUUUAUUCCAAAACCAAGCAGACAAGGCUGUCACCAGCCACGAAAAAACAUGU